CCCGAAAGUCUUCCCCCGUAGUUUUUACAACUAGCGGACGGGCGGCUGGUGGCUGCGGUGGCAAUGUCGGGCAGAAAGCCCCGGUCUGUGGCAAAUCCUCUGGAGUCUGCGAUCACCACCCCCAGUGAGAGGAUCCUGAAGGAAUGCCACAGUCUGUAUGUGGACAGCGAGCACGGCCUGGUGAAGAUUGCCAGCAGCCUCGGAGUCCGGCUCUUGCCGCCUAGAAAGAAGAUCAUAGUGAUGAUAAUGGGGAACCACUCUGCAGGGAAGAGCUCCUUCAUUAACUGGUACGCUGAAGAGCACAUACAGAAAACAGGCGUGGCCAUUGAAACACAGGGGUUUACCUUCAUCACAAGCGGUCGCAAAAGAGAAUCGCUGACGGGAAAUGCAACGCUGCAUCUCUACCCCCACUUUCGACCACUGCUUGAGUUCAAAGGUGUUAUGGACUACCUGUCUGCUGAGAUCUCCACCUCUAAGCAGAAGAAAUUCAGCCUGGUCACAUUCGUGGACACUCCUGGUUUGGUGGACGGGGACAUGAUCUACCCUUUUGAUGUCAACAGCGCCAUCACCUGGUUGGGAGAACAGUCAGACCUGAUAUUUGUGUUCUUUGACCCGAUGGGCCAAGCGCUGUGCAAACGCACGCUCAACAUUGUGGAGAAGCUGAGUGAAAAAUGUGGAGACAAACUGUUGUUCUACCUCAGCAAGGCAGACGAAGCUGGGAAGGAAACAGACAGACAGAGAGUGAUGAUGCAGAUUGUACAGGAACUGUGUCGCCGUCCGGGUCUCAAUAAAUGUGGUUUUGAAAUGCCGACAAUCUACAUCCCCAACCCACAGAAGCCGAGCAGAUGCAUGAACCAGAUCGACGGGGUUUGUCAGACCAUCGAGAAGACCAUCAACCAGGCCGUUCAAAAGACUCUGGAUCAGCUGGAGAAAGACUGUGACCUUAUUUGUUCCACCAUCAGCAGCCGACUACAGCAGGACAGAGCUAAUGUGACUUACAACAAAAGCGUCCGUCUUCACUCGUUCCUGUGUGGAGCUUUGGGCAUUUUCCUACCUCUCCUCUUCGUCCUCAGCUUCAUUGUGAAAACCUUCUCCAAAGAGCAGCUGGAUGAGCUGUUGGGUGAAGGUGCAGCUCAGACCGUCAAUGUCUCCGCAGGAAUAGUGAUGUAUUUAUGGGACUGGAUACCAGAAGACGGACAAGUGGUGUUUGUGAUUGGCUUUGGGGCUUUUUGCUACCUUCUGCUCUUCCUGGCAAAGUAUUUUGCAGGCCGAAGCAACAAGACUCUGACGAAGAAGGAGAAGAGGACGAUGGCAGAGUACAGUGAUUAUAUUCAGGAUAUCGUCAAAGCCAAGAAGGGUAAACUGUAUGAAUGGUACCUCCAGCAGUGUGCAGCAGAAUAUGACCUCUGACCUCGGGUAAGCUCCACAUACUGCUUCAAGGCUUUUGGGAGACGUUUCUCUUUCAAAAUACAUCGUUUGCCGUUAAUAGAGGAAUCGGCAGGACUUUUCCAGACAGAUAAUCAUCCACUCAGACUGUUCUCUCGUCAGGUGUUACCUCUAAAUCGGCAGAGAUCACUGCCAGCUUUUAUCAUCUCAGCAGCUGAUUUGAAAAGUGCCUUUAUUACGGAGUGCAGGGCGAGCUGUUGCUGUAGUUGUCUGAUGAAAACAAAUUUCAUAAUGUGAUUAGAAUUUUUUUGUAGUACAUAUGUGAAAUGUUUACAAAUUACUUUUUUUUCUCUUUCUCUUCGUGAGUAACUCACGGCUGAUUUUAGCAGCAAAUAUAUUUUUAUGAUCUAUAAAGUUUGUUCUUGUUCUUCUCAUGGUCCCCAAAUCUCACCGCACCGUCCGGACUGUCACGUUACCAGAAUGUGUUCUCAUGCUGACUGUUAGUAAAAGCCACAAUUACCAACGCUGUGAUAACACCUGGGCAUUACAGGCAGACAUCUGAUGACAUGUUUUCAUACAGUCAGUAAAUCUUAGGGCUGAAAACUUCUUCUUGCCUCCAAAGAAUCAGUCCUAAAGUUAUGUUUGUUUUAUUGUGUGAUUUGUGCAGCCAUCAGAUAUUUUUCUAGAUGACUCCUUCUUAUGUGGUGAUAUUAACAUAAACCACAGUCCAGACUGGUGACUUAAGUACGCUAGUGCAACAGUGCAGUAAAACUGGUGAUAAGUCUGCUACUGCACUGAGGUGUCUCUCCCAGUUGUAUUAAUGAGCACUGAACCCUACAUAGAUUUAACUCAUAACACCAUAUAAUGCCUUCACUCCAGUGUUUGUAGAUAUAUUUAUUAGUUUGGACAGAUGUCAACAGGUGUGGUGCUUCUUCCUAGGGAUGCGCUGGUCCAAUACACCACAGAUGGCAACAGUUUAAUUGCUGUGACUGAUCACAUUAAAAUAGAGUAAGCCAUUCCUGAGAAAGUGUGUUGAUAUUUCAACUCAGCAGCCAAACAAACCUGCUCCUCCCUUUGGUGCUUCUUCAAAAAACUCGCCUCCCAAACACACAAACGCACAAUGCAACAACUGGGCGAGUGAACCAAAGAGAGAUAUUUACUGAAUCUGACACUGAAAGUACUGGAUUAGAAUGGCUUGUACUGUCUUUAAAUCUUUCAGUUUCGUCAUUUUGUCAUUCAGAGUUUAUUCAUUCAGUUUUGAUGUGUUGUAUCAUGUAAAUCAUAAAAUGAUCCUGAUGACACAGUAAAGUGUACAAAUUUGGGGGUUAAAGCCCGAAAGAAGAUGUUCAGAGUCGGUAUUGGGAAAGCUGGAUCGGUGCAUCCUUACUCAUUAUCCAACAUAAUGUAGAAGAACCUCUUCGGGCUGUUUGCAAUAUCGUUGUGAACACUUUCAGUUUGUCUUGUGUGUGUGUGUUAGAUCAAUCCCAGGUGUCCUUCUCAUUAGGAAUUUAUGUUUUAUAAGUGAUUUUCAUUCAUUUGUGAAUUCAUCAGUUCUGUAUAAUCUCUCCAAAAAUGAUUUUCAUUGUAUGAAACCUAGACUGCUUUGUAUUAAUCCUGAUUCACAGAAUGAAACCAGUGAAAAUCUGAAAAAAUUAUGCUCUGCCACUUCCUUGGAAAUGAUUAAAUGUUUUCUACUGACUUUUAUUUUAA